AUGACGGCCGAUCGAUUUUCAACAGUAUUUCAAGUCGAAAACACUGCUUCCAAAGCUACUCUAAACAUAAAACGAAAAUGUGGAUCUGACUUGGUAUUUGAUAAAAACUUUGGGUUUUGCCGUAUAAAAGGUAAAGUAAUUUCCGUUGACGAUGUUUUAUCAAAUCAGUAUUUUAUUGCUUUGUGGUUAAUCAAAACUAAUUUCUCCAUACCCAUGGGCAAGGUCCCAGGCACUGCGCGCACUCCAGGCCAACUUGGAAGUUAUCCAACACCAAUGACCAUGGAGAAAGUUUUGGAAAAAAAAAUGGAAACAGUUCUUAAGUUGAAACCUAAACAAAUAUCUGUCACGGGUACUCACGAGCAAACGUAUGAUAAAAAAAAGAAAUAA